GUGAUAUUUUGCAACGCCAUCUACAGGGAAGCACACCGCCAUUUUGUUGCAGCGGCAGCACCAUGUUUCGCUGUGCAGCUUCAAGUCUAACACGGAAUGUAGCAAGGCAGAAUACGGUCUUGGCACAGUGUCAUAGAAAUAUAGGCAUCACUGCUGUACUAGGACAAAAAAGUGUAUCAGAUCCCAUCCAACAGUUGUUUUUGGAAAAGGUCAGAGCUUACGACAAGGAAUUGAAAGCAACUGGUAAACUGCCAGGUCUAACAAAAGAAGAUGAAGCAGCUUUUGAGGACCGCCUUGAAAAAUUGAGAAGACAUUACAAUGUUGUAUCGGAGGCAGAGAUGUUAGCUUUUCCAACAUUUAAAUGGCAAGAUCCACCAUUAGAAGCUAUCAAGCCAGAAGGUAUCAUAGAUGUCCAAGUGCCAGAGGAUGAAAGGCUUAUUCCUGAAAAUUUUGAUCCGUAUUCGGAACCAUUUUAUUUCCAAGAUGACUGCUGGGACUUCAUGAAAAAAUAAUUUUACACAUAGAAUAAUUAGAAAAUAAAAUGAUAGUAAUUUAAACAAACUGAAAAAACACUGUUAUAUGUUGCCAACGGAUGAAAUCAUACUUUUUCAUUUACUCCUAUAAGUGAAUAUCUAUGUUGGUGUUUAUAACUUCACAAAGAAGAAAUCACUCGAUAGCACGUUAACAUGAAGAUUUGAUGCAUUUUCUGGCACAUUUGCAUAGAAUGAACUCGAAGCCAUGGAUAUUUUUCUUGCAAAGACUAAGAAGUAAACUAAAGCUUUCAGGAAUACUUGCCAGCAAAAGAGAAAGAGAAAAAAAAGCUCAUCAAAAAUUAAGGGCAUGUAGAAUACAACUUAAUGUUACUUCACUUUACCUAGGGCAUGCAAAAAGAUGUGGAAAAAUGUCUACACUAUGUGAACAGUUAGGUUCAAUGAAAUGUUUUUGAUAAUAAAGUGGCAUCUUUUUUUGUUUGAAUGAAAAA